AUGAAGCCAGCUCUGUGCAUGGCUUUUGUGCAAGUUGUGCUUGCAGGGACUAACAUCUUGUACAAGCUUGCUGUCAAUGAUGGCAUGGACAUGAGGAUCAUGGUAGCAUAUAGAUACAUCUUCGCAGCUGCCUUCUUUUCUCCUCUUGCCUACUUCAUUGAGAGGAAGAAAAGGCCUGGUAUGACAUGGAUGAUCUUGUUUUACUCCUUUCUCAGUGGGAUUCUUUGGUAUCACGAGAGCGUGGACCAUUUUUUAUCCUUAGUUUCAAGUAUCACAGUCCUUCACCUUCAUGAACUUUUAUGGGGUACAUUGACUCAGAACUUGUACAUAGCUAGCAUUAAACUUACUUCAGCAACCUUUACCUCCGCAAUGACUAAUCUCACCCCUGCAAUGACGUUCAUUUUAGCAAUCAUUUUCGGAUUGGAGAGUUUGCACAUCAAAACUAUGUCAGGACAAGCAAAGGUAUUGGGAACAUUGAUAGGGAUAGGAGGUGCUAUGCUUCUGACCUUCUAUAAAGGAGUGCAGAUAAAUAUUUGGCCCAAAAGCUACAACAUCAUGGAAGGUCACCAAGGAACAAGCCAUGCAAUCCCUCAUCAAGACCACGAUAAUUUAGUCAAAGGCUUAAUGCUGGCUUUAGCCAGUUGUAUUUCUUAUUCCAUUUGGUUGAUAAUUCAGGCCAAGGCUAUUAAACUGUUUCCCUGUCAGUACUCGCUCACUGCUCUCAUGUGUUUAAUGGCUGCGGUGCAAUCUGCUUGCUUUGCCCUAGCUAUGGAUAGUGAAUGGGUGCAAUGGAGAAUGGGGUUCGACGUCCGACUUCUUACUGCUGUCUGCUCGGGAAUAGUUGCAUCAGGAUUGAGUGUCACAGUAAUGGCAUGGUGCAUAAGAAAGAAGGGGCCUUUAUAUGCUUCUGUUUUCAAUCCACUCAUGCUUGUCAUUGUGGCUCUACUAGGUUCACUACUUCUUGAUGAAAAACUGCACCUUGGAAGUGUGCUUGGAGCCGUGUUGAUUGUGCUUGGGCUAUACAUUGUGUUAUGGGGGAAGGGAAGAGAGGCAGCUAAUAUUAAAGAGGCCUCUUUUAGUGAUCAUGAUUCUAUACAUCCAUGUUACAGUGCAUGA